AUGUUGUUUAUUGUGCGAGAGUUGCUGAGCGGUGUUGACUCGGCGCUGCGGCCCCGUCUCACAGUCAGCUGUCCAGACGUGGGCGUGUGGAGGCGAGCUGGACCACUGCAGCAGGACUACCUGCAGGUCCGGAUCAACCCGGAUCCGGUGCUGCCGGACAUGGAGGGCCUGCACGAGUUCACCGAGUACCUGUCUGAGUCCCUGGAGCCGGAGUCCCCGUUCGCCCUGCUGGCGGCGCCGAGCACCGUGGGCUUCCUGAAGCUGUCGCGGCCGUGCUGCUACGUGUUCCCCGGCGGCCGCGGGGACGCCGCCUUCUUCGCCGUGAACGGGUUCAACGUCCUGGUGAACGGCGGCGCCGACACACGCUCCUGCUUCUGGAAGCUGGUCCGCCACCUGGACCGGGUCGACUCGGUGCUGGUGACGCACGCCGGCGUGGACAACCUGCCCGGCAUCACCAGCCUGCUGCAGAGGAAGGUCGCCGAGACGGAGGUCGCCGAGACGGAGGAAGCUGCCGCGGCUCAUGCCGAGGACGACGGCCCCCCCGACUGGAUCAACCAGAAGAACCUGGUUUCCCCGGAGAUUGGCGUAGUUUUCCUCAACGUUCCCGAGAGACUGAAGUCGGAGCCGGCGGACACCGGCGAGCUGCGCAGCUGCGACCAGGCGGCGCUCGCUCUGCAGCUUUUACACAGACUGGGAAUCAAACCGCAGCCCCUCAGCCGGGCCGACGCACCCGCCAUCGAACCUGUCAUCCUGUUCCAGAAGAUGGGCGUGGGCCGCCUGGAGCUGUACCCGCUCAACCCCGUCAGCGGCAGCAAGACCCUCCACGCCUUCAUGCAGGCGUGGCCCAGCAGCGUGCCCCGUGAGACGGGCGCAGGGCUCCCGUUACCGUGCCUGGUCUCCAUCUGUGCGCUGCUGGUCUGGCAUCCCUCCAGCCCGGCGGAAAAGAUAAUCAGGAUUCUGUUCCCCGGCUGCACGCCGCAGAACCUGAUCCUGGACGCGCUCGAUAAACUCCAACAUCUGGAAUUCCUCAAACAUGCGGCCGUGUGUUUGAGCGACCUGGCAGCGCUGAAGACUGCCGAGAAGCAGCCGAGGCGAGCCGAGAGCCGGGAAAGCCUCAAGUCCCAGACGAAGAACUCGAGAGACAGACCGCCGCGGCAGGACGUCAAGAAACAGGAAGUAAAGACCAAGGCGGCCGGCGACGCGGCGCCGAGACACGGGGAGGACAAGAUGAAGGACGCCCAACCAAAGCUGCCGAGACACGGGGAGGACAAGAUGAAGGACGCGGACGCCAAACCAAAGCUGCCAAAAGUGACUUCAAAUCCAAAGAAAGACUCAUCGAAGGACGAGAAAAACGAGAAGAUCGCUGUCGUAAAGAAAGAAGAGAGCACAGAGAAAAAGAGGGAAGGCGUAAAGAAAGAGAAUUUUAGCAGAAAUCCAAAGCCAGAUUUAAGGCCCGAACCAAGGAAGGAGGUGAAGAUGGAGGUGAAGACGGAGGAGGAGACGGAGGUGAAGAUGAUGGUGAAGAAAGCGGAGGAGAAGACGGAGGUGACGAUGGAGGAGAAGAAAGCGGCGGGUAAAGAAGGGAGGAAGGAUGUGAAGACGGAGGUGAAGAUGGUGAAGAAAGCGGAAGAGAAGACGGCGGUGAAGAUGAAACGCUUCUUCUUCUGCACGAAGAACGCGCACCUGCCGGGCAGCGGCGCCGCCAUGUUGGACGGCCCGCCGACUUCCCGCCCUGCGUCCCAGCAGGCAGCGGCUCGGUUCGUGGGAACUUUACCAGAACUUACCGGACUCUAUCUGGCGCAGAACCCGCUCCAACAGGCCGGUCGUCCGCAGAGCCCCCACCACCACGAGCACCGAGUAAUCCGCCGCCGCCGCCGGACCGGGGGACCCGGGGGAACAGGGGGAAGGAGCUCCGGGACCGCCGCCCCACAGGUGACCCUGAUCCCGACCUUUGAUUCGCUGGCGAUGCACCGGUGGUACCAGGAGACCCGGGACCGGCAGAGGGCGCUGGGUCUCACCGUGCUGGGCAGCAACAGCACGGUGGCCAUGCAGGACGAGACCUUCCCUGCCUGCAAGGUGGAGUUCUGACCCCCCAGGGGCCGUCGCCAUGGCUACGCCCACCCGGGUCAGCCGCAUGAGGCACAGCGCUCUUAUUCUGAAGGGCUGGAGAGACAGGAAGUCCAUGUUCUGCUCUCUGAAAUAAGAAACGGUGACGUGUGACGUCACUUCCUGUCGGCUUAGUUGUUGUUUUUUUUACUCCAUGUGUCAGUCCAACGUUAGACGCAGGUGGUCCUGGUGUGUUCAGGGUCCUGGUGUGUUCAGGGUCAUGGUGUGUUCAGGGUUCAACAUUAAGGAGUUAC